AUGGAGCAGAGUUCUCAGAAAGGUAUACCGCCCAAGUACCAGAGCUGCCGGAUGACUAGAAGCAAGUUGCAAACGGCGCUUCUCAGGUCUGUGGACCAGGCUCAUAUUCACGUGUCGAAAAAGUUGAUGGACAUACAGCACACUGCAGAUAACAGGGUUCGCAUCUUCUUCAAAGAUGGGUCCUCUAAUGAAGUCGACUUGCUUAUUGCUGCGGAUGGUCUACGAUCAAUAAUCCGCAGAAAGGUCUUCCCUGACCAUGUACCCAAAUUCAACGGGCAAUCUGCAUAUCGAACCAUAGUCAGCAAAGCAGAAGCUUCAAAUAUCAAGGAACUGCCGUUUGCUCAGGUGUUCUGGGAGCACAUCUCAGGAGCAUGGGUCAUGACUUGCCCGCUCGGCGAUGAUGAUUUUGAAGUGACGGCUCGGAUCCGCCGCACCAGAGAAGGCGAGGAUCCCAAGAGUUGGGGGCGUCCAUUUGACUUACACGAACUCCUCAAAGAGUACGAUGACUUCUGUCUUCCUGUUGGCCAGAUCUUACAGCUAGCCGCGAAAGGACAAACGCAAGAGUUCGACUUGUUUUCCAGCCGUCGUUUAGACAGCGUCAUAUCCCGUGGCUGCAUCGCUUUCAUCGGGGAUGCGGCUCACCCAAUGCUAGGAAAUUUUGGUUCCGGUGCCGCAUUCGCUUUGCAAGAUGUUUACACCUUAGCGAAGGUGCUUGAAUGGUCCAUGCAGAGGAGCAUUGCGCUAUCGGGCGCCCUCAUCAAGUUCGAUUCGAUACGCUCUCCCUUUUACCAGCGGCUCUACGAGGUUCUUGAUAAAUUUUCCCAAGUCAAAUCAGUAGCACAGAUAGAGGAGGGUUCAAUCGACGAAAGAAUCUCUCGACAUGUGCUGAGGAUGUCGCAGGCUGCAGUGACGUGGGUGGUCCAUUACAGGAUUGACGAAGAAGUGGCCCGCGCUCUUAGUGAGGUGGACGUGGAUGCUGUCCAUAGCCAGCCGAUGGACAGGUUAAGACAGUUGCCCAGGCGAGGGUAA